AUGGGACCACCUGGAACUUUUCGAGUGGGACCACCUCGCACUGUCCAAAUGCGACAGCGCCAAGCUGUGUCCCUCUCUCGCCUUCAGAACGGAUCUCCGCUCACGUUUUUCUCUCACAAAGUCGCCUCGCUCUGCCAUCCUUUGUGGCGUAUUCCUCUCUCUCCUCCGAGCACACCGGCAGCCCGCACGGACCGGAAGGUGGAAUCGUGGAUCUCAGCCAUUGAAGGGGAUCUCAGCAAAGGGGAUCUCAGCAAUCCUCCUCCCCCAACGCUUCUGGUAGCGGGGGUAGUGGAGCAGCAGCAGGGACUUUCGCAUCGCUCGUCUAUACUACUGAAACUACACAUGGAUCCUUGGAAGAAGUUGGACUGGGAGGAUGCGAAUGCUUGGCUCGAGAAGCACGGCCUGCAGGUAGCGGACAUUAAAGAGGCGCGCGGCACCAGUCGCAUGACGCUGACAGAGAUCUUACGAGAAUGCAGAGAUGCACAACGGGAAAGGGAUCCUGCCGUGCCUACAGCACCACAUGCUCCAAGGAAUGAACUCCCUGAGGAGGUGGCGCAGGUGCUGCAUUAUGCUACAGAGGAGGACGACUUGCAACACGCGGAUGUGAUGCUGCAUGAAUUGGCAGCCAAUAGGUACCGGAUGCAGCAGGGUACAGAGCGACCCAAAGGAGAUGUGAAGAAACUUAAAGAACCGGUGAAGAGGUUGAAGAAGAACAGAAGGGCAGCCAAGGUAAAAUUGGAGGGCCGUGGGCAGCAGUAA